AUGGAGUGUGCCGGGAAGCGACUGGGGACUCGGUGCACUGGCCCACCUACACGGCGGUGUGCUCGUUGCGAAGCCGUUGCUUAUUGCUCUGUAUCUCACCAGAUUUUGCAUUGGCGCGAUCAUAAAGAGGAGUGCGAAAGGUUAGAAGAACAAAUGGAGCAGAUAGAUAUCUUGAACGAGUUUCCUUUCACUUUUUCUGAAGAAGCUACAGUUCAGGUUUGUGAAAAACAGGAGACAAGGUGUUCAUUCUUGACUAAAAGAGGGGUCCAUCAAACGGGAAUGUGGUUAUAUGAAUGUUGUUGUGGGGAACCGGUUAUGUCGUUUGAUUGUUCAAGGCUAGAUAACACUUGGGAUCUCGGAAGCACCCUCUGCCCAUGUAAUGAACCUGCUUUCACACUUUCAAAGCAUCUAAUCAGUUGGAAGGAGUACUAUGAUUGGAGAUCCAUCCCACUGCAUUCACCUGUUGCUUUACUUCUACACUGGCCUCUUACAAUUUAUUAUGCCACUCAACUGACUCAAGUAGCUGAUUCAGGAAGCUUGACUUCUGGAAUCAAUGGAAAAUUGCACAUACAUUAUCUUGGACCCGAGAAAGAGCUUCUUCAGCUUUAUGUCUUCUCGGAGCUACACGCGCUUUUUCCUCACAUGGAUGUGCAUAUAGAUCUUAUUGGACCUUCAAUUCCACAACAUAGGGAUGGUGAGAGGAUCAAGCUAAGCAAUUAUGCUCAUUGCCUCGGAACAGAUUGCGUUUGUAAAUCUUCAGUUGAGAGUGGUGUACAUACUAAUGACACUUCAGCUGUUACAUUGCAACUUUGGAGGGGACUCUAUCAUGAACGUUACACAGAUAUAGUUAAGGAUUCAUAUCCUCAUAUAGUAAUUGCUCCAAAUGCCGGCAUUGCUGCUUAUUCAAGUUGGUUACCAACAAUUGAGCUGAUAAAGGAUAUGAAUAUACCAGCAGUUUUUUCCGAUUACUGUGAAGAAGCUUGCCAUCUCGGAGCUCGUUGCAUUAGCAGUGUCACUGGCUUUCCUCCUAACAUUCCGAUUCAAUUAAAUCCAUUCAGACAACCGAUAGUGGUAGAAAACAAUGCUCUCUUCAUCCCUUGCUACUCCAAUUGCUUCCUCUACGGAAUGUCCAAAUGGUCUGCGUAAACUUACACAUAUGAGCCGCUGUGUAUCUUUGUCAAAAUAUUGUAGAGUUGAAGUUUCAUUGCUUAGUUUGAAUGUCAUGAC